AUGCCGCUCAAGGCCUGCGGCUCAAACGGCUGGGGCCAACUCGGCCUCGCGUCCAAGGACGACAUAUCGACCUUUGCCGGGGUGCAGAUGCCUCUGCCGACUCAGCCUGGUGCCGUUCUAGACCUGGCGAGUGGGAGUUCGCACACUCUGCUUUUGUUGCGGACAACAGUUCCGAGCACGUCGGCGGUGCAUGCCGAAACGGCCGCCGUGGCCGAAGCACACCGGCCACCCCGUCCGAGCCCGCUGGCUCAAUCAGACGACGAGGAUGACGUAGAAGAUGACAACGAUCCACCGAGCUCUGUCCACUCCUCCGUGACCCCCGGCUCUCCAACGGCCCCGACGCACCUGGCCGCUCCGCAGCCCGUGCCUGCCCCGUCUUCUGCGACUACGGCACCCGCUGCAGCGACUUCAGCUACGGGCCGAUCCCGCGCCGUCAGCUCGGCGAAGAAGCCCCUCCUGCCCUGGGGCCGGAACGUGCUCCUGGCAACGGGGACGAACACGCACGGCCAGCUGGGCCCGAACUGCGUGCUGUGGAACGAAACCAAGGAGUGGCUCACGUUCAAGGAACUCGACCUCCUCACGCCGCUGCGCGAGACACUGCGCCUCGACCCCGAGCAGUGGCAUCCCGUCAAAGUGGCCUGUACGUGGUCCACGUCCUUUGUGGUGUAUGAGCGAUUGCCGGACUGUCCGCCGUCGUCCUCCUUCCCUACUGCUUCUAGGUCCAGUCUUGCGCCCGGGGCUGCCGGGACCACAACGGGUUUGGACUCGGGACCGGCGUCCAGCUCAGCCUCAACCUCAGGCGAGGAAGAGCCGAUUCACGUGCUCGUCGUACGGCACGUCGUGAUUGUGCUGGACGGGCCGAAUGGGCAGAGAGUCCUCGGCUGGGGCGGCGCGCGGCACGGGCAGCUCGGGCACGCGCAGACCAUCACGGAGACCAUGGGCAACCUCACGAUCAGGGAGACGGUGGAGACCGGUCCAGACUUUCCAAUCACGAAUGGGGAUAGGCCCGAACUGCCCCCUAGGCCUCCAAGGCCUGCCGCGACUGCCGCCGACACUGGCGCCAAAGCUGCCGCGGGCGAUGCGGGGAGGGGCAAGCCCGAUGCAAAGGGGAAAGGCAAGGCGGCCUCGCGCCCGGCGCCCGCCGCGCCGCGCUCCAGCACCCCCGUCCCGAUCCCCGUGUCGGGGACAGUGCGCCAGGUCGCCGUCGGGGCCGCACACACCCUCAUCCUGACCGAUCGGCUCUAUGCCUUUGGCUCAGACGCGAAGGGCCAGAUCCGGGGUCUGAACGGGCUCGAGGCCGAGCAGAUCGCAGCGAGCUGGAACGGGUCCUACGUCCUCAAAUCUGGACAGUUGAGAGCACAGGGCGCAGAUACGCAUGGCCAGCUCUGUGGCGCGGGCACUAAUGGCGGAGAAGUUAGUUUGCCGUUCGACGCGCAGGUUAAGCGCAUUGUGGCGGGGUCGGAACAUUUGCUUGUUGUCCUUCAGGACGGGACGCUGCUGGCAGGAGGGUGGAAUGAGCAUGGCAACCUUGGGCUCGGGGAUGAGCGAGACAGAGAUGCGCUGGUCGAGGUGCCCGGCGUCACGGCGAUGCGGGCUUGGGCGGGCCCCUUCGGUCAGCAAGCAUGGUCGUCACAUUCCGUCGGCGUUCUACGGCGCCUCGAGAAGACCGUCUCCGCUUCCCUCGUCAUCGCCUUAGCACCUCUCACCGACCCGCAAUGCAUUCGACCAAAUGUUCAAUUCCUGCAGCAUCUGUAUCCAAGACCAAGUCGACAUCCGCACACACUCCACUAUGAACUUCGGAUUUGUGAGAACUACGGGUCUCGUCAAGAUCCAACCACAUGA